UGGCAACAUUUCUCAAAAAUGCCAGAUGAAUGGCCAAUGUAGAGUACUCAUCUAAUCAGAUCGUGUUGAAAAAUGGCAAAAACUUACGAUUAUUUAUUAAAAUUACUUUUAAUAGGUGAUUCAGGAGUAGGCAAAACGUCUAUACUUUUUAGAUUUUCUGAAGAUGCGUUCAAUAUAUCUUUUAUAUCAACUAUUGGUAUCGACUUCAAAAUUCGGACAAUAGAUCUAGAUGGCAAAAAAGUGAAGUUACAAAUAUGGGAUACAGCUGGCCAAGAAAGGUUCCGUACCAUCACCACAGCAUAUUAUCGUGGUUCUAUGGGCAUUAUGUUGGUAUAUGAUGUUACAAAUGAGAAGAGUUUUGAAAACAUAAAGAAUUGGAUUAGAAACAUUGAAGAGAAUGCUAGUGCAGAUGUAGAAAAAAUGAUUCUUGGAAAUAAGUGUGAUUUAGAUUCAAAAAGACAGGUCUCAAAAGAAAGAGGAGAGCAAUUAGCUAUAGAGUACCAGAUAAAAUUUGUAGAGACAUCAGCAAAAGACUCUCUUAAUGUUGAGUAUGCAUUCUUCACUCUGGCGAGAGAUAUCAAAGCCAAGAUGGAGAAAAAGCAGGAAGCAAGUAAUCCAACUCCAAGAAGUGGCGCGCAUCAGCUGCGUGCUAAUGAACAACAACGCAAACCGACGUCAUGGCUGUCGCGCUGCAAUCUGCUCUGACGGCCGCAGAGUUCCUCCAGUCAGCACCACUCUUGCAAGAACAUUAUGAAGUGGAUCCUAAAUACACCCCACCUCUAUAUAUUUUGAACAUUUUCUUACUGGUGCAUCAAUUUCAAACGGGGAUGAGACUUGCUUUUGUAUUUUUAUAUCCACAAACUUACCUACAUCAUCUCUAAGUUCAUUUUAAAACAGUAUUUUGUCAUAAAAGUUAAAUGUUAUUUUUAUUAAUUUUCAAGUGACAGUUAUUUUAAGGAAAAUUACUUGGUGUUAAUUUUUUUAAAGGUCAAUGGAUACUUCAUAGAUUAUUUAGCUGUACUUUUCAUUUUGCAAUUUAAUUAAGAUAAUUAUAUAUAUACUUUAUUGUAAUAUAUACUAUUUAAUUUGAAUAAAUAGUGCUUUUUUACAAAUCUUUAGUUUUGAAGCGUUUUUUAACAACAAUGAAAACAUAAUAAUUUAGAAACCUUUAUUAACCAACAGUAUAUACAGUUUUGUUAUAGACAAAUGUAAAUUUUGGAAGUUGUAGAGUACCUAAAAAUCACAUUCUUUUAUAAUGCAUUUGGUACCUAUCCUUACAAGAAAUUUAAGUAAAAUAUUCAUUUAACGAUAAAUGCUAUCAUGUUGCUUGUAUCUGCUUAGAUUUUGAUUUGAAUGGCAUAAGAGCUAGUUUUUUCACACCAACCAAGGCACUUUUGAAAACAAAUAAUAAAAUUGGUAACAAUUUUUUAAAACUGAUUGAGAUGAACUCUAUUACAAGUUGAGAACUCUUUCUCCAAUAUAAGAUGUAGAGUGGAAGCGGAGGGAGUAUGUCAGACCAAACACCAUUUCGAUAGCUUUUGGCACGAGCUUCCGCAGACAACAGUGCCGGAGCAAGUUGGGACUCCAAUGUGUCUUUAGCAAUGUUUUGUGGAACAGAGGCUUUAGCAAAUCCCAAUUCAACCAAUUUGUGGCCAACAUCAAGUGUCUCCACCGAUUUAGUCUGAAAAUUAUUAUAUAAAUUACUAAUAAUCUAUGGAUACUUUACUAAUGGCUCCAAACUAAAUUAGAUACCUUAGGUUGUGGUAAAUGCAAUAAUACAGUUGAAACGAGAGUGUCCUGCUCCCUGGUAAUAGGUUUCAGAGUAAGCUUUUGUCCACGGGCAACACAUUCCAGUAAAUAUAUAGGAGCUUGGUGGUUCACUAGCAAACAUACUGGUGAGUGUUGUAUGCCUGCAUACAUUCCUCUCAGCGGUUCAUGAUUGCGUAGGAAAUGAUCUGGGAUUUUACUCGCUUUCGAAAACUUGCUAACCUUAAAUGACAGUGUAAUAUUUAGUUAUGUACAGCUGUAGCGAGAGCAUAAACAGCUAUCUGUAAAACCACAAAAUCCAAUAACACGACAGUUUAAGUCUACAUUGUAAUUUUUAUUUUCAAAACAAUAAUACCUACAUUUACUCCACGAUAAUCCUGCUGUAAUAGAUUCGAUAAGUUGCUAAUAAAACUGUCACCUUUAUUUGACAUUGUAGGAUUUUAAAGUCCACCAAUAUUUCAUAAUUUAUUUUAAAGUUAUUAGCUCACCAAUAUUUUCAGAUUUCAGGAAUCUUCUUUACAAACUUUUGACUUUGACAUUUAGUUUCUUUUCUUUUUUACCGGCCCUGCCUUCUACAGCCUUCCUUUCUAUUUAGUUCCUUCCAAAGAGUAAAAUUAAAUAUAUAC